UGGCUGUAGUGCAGCAGAGGAGCCUUCAGACUUGUGCCUACAAGCUCACGGCUGAUUGCAUCACAUCCGAGUGAGUUAUCUCAGUGAGUAUGUGGGUGUGUGGGUUUUUUCUUUUCCUUCUAUUUGACAUGUUAGGUCAGAUCAGGAAGUGUGAUGCUGUGACAGUGCUGAAGGAAGCGGGCACACAAUGGCACUAUGUCUGCCUCUUGGCCUGGUAACAUGAGAGGCCCCCGGCUCAAGACCCUUCUGCUGCUGCUGGUUCUGCUAUUGACCUCGGUGACUGCGACAGAGGAAGAAGACGAACUUUUAGAAUCAGCACCUGAAGCGGCACCAACAGACCCAGCAGACCCAACAGAGACAGAAUCAGGCGAUCCUGAUCCAGGAGGAACAACAAGCAACACAGGUGUAGAAGAGACAUCACAAAGUACCACUUCAGUAGACCCGGUGGAUUAUGGCGGGGAAGAUGCCUCAGGAGAUCCCACAGAGCCUUCACCAACAAUUGGCACCACCCAUUCAGAUGAAGAUGACCCAGUUUUAAAUCCCAUGAUUAUCUUGAUCCCUGUGGUGCUGGUGGUCCUCAUCAUCGGCAUAAUAGUCUGCGGUAUUUUCAUCAACCGCAGAUGGAACAGAAAUGCAAGACAUCAAGAUCUGAGUAAAGAGGAUCCAUGUUUGGAUGGUUCGAGUGCAGAGAAGGUGCCAAUGCCAAUGUUCGAAGAAGAUGUGCCCUCUGUGUUGGAGCUGGAAAUGGAGGAAUUAGACCAGUGGAUGAAAAAAGACGGUGAAAGUGCAGAGGAUUCUACACAUGCGUAGCUGUACUUGGGCCUCUGUUUGUUGUGAUGCGCCAGCUGGUUUCAGUGUAGCUGCGGCUGAUGAACCGUGACCCCUUUUGUCAUUACACAUGGUGCCGUUUGAAGCCACGUACACUCCUAACAUCUGUUAGUGAUUACGACAGGCAUGCAUGGAAGUGUGGUGCAACUUAACCCUGGAAUAUUCUCCUGUUACUGGAAGGCCUGGGAAGAUGAGGUCAAGGUCCACUCCUCUCGCUGUUGACCAACGUCAUGCACAACACCGCUUUUUCUCAGGGUUUCGUUUCCAACGCUGUACAAGGGCUAGAGGGCACUUUCAUUCAACGGGGAGGCACUUUGUACUCGUUAGGUUACACAAGCGAUCUCACAGCAGAAGUAAAUUUGAUGUUGCUGUUGCUGUUGCUGUUGCUGCUGCUGUUGCUGCUGCCGUUGCACAAUGAGAUGCCAUCUACUGCAACCCUGUGUGUGAAAUUCCAGUUUAGCUGCACAUCAGGAUCAGCAAACGGAGCUUCGUUAGGGGUUUGUGUUUCCGGCCACCUGACAAAUUCAGUAUUCAGUCCUAAAGCGAAGCAUUUAGUUGCUAAGUUCAUUCAGUCAUUUUCUGUAGCCGCUCGUCCUCUGGAGGGAGGCGAGAGGCCGGGGGACACCCUGGUCAAUCAAACCUGUAGCUUUGUGUGCCAAAUCAAAACUGAAAGACAGUAAAGCUCCACACCGGUUCUGGGGUCUACACGGACAAACGAUAGGCCCCAUACAAUGCAACCGUUGAGUGUGUUGAACGACUAAGAAGAAGUGAAACAAAGAGCUCUCCGAUGACGUGCUCUCGCUGUUGUCCACAGCAGUCGGCGCGCUGUGUCUCAAAGGUACGGUGCAUGUGGCAAUUUCAGCUGACACACAAUACCGCGUGAAUUAUUUUUUCUGAGUCCAUUUUUUUUUUCUUCCUGUGCACAAAUAUUUUUUAAGGAACUGAUUAUCGUAGCUUUAUGCGUCAAGCGCUUUACCGCUUAAAGGCAACUUGUUCCCAGGAAAGCAGGGGAAGUGUCUCAGAGCAUCAUUUGCUCGUGUGAGUUUGGUUGUUAAGCUAAUUCACAAACCAAACAUUGGAUAUAGUGUCAAUAUAGUGUCAAAAAAAAUAAAAAAAAAUAAAAUAAAACACAUCUGCCGUGCAGAUUUCGUCUCAGCCCACAGGCACAGUUGAAGUGUACGCUCUGCAUUGCGGUUAGUUUUGUUGUUGCCAGAGUCAUAAGUUUGUUAUGUCGCUGGCAAUUCUUGUGUGAACAACACCCCGCCAUGUGUUCUGAUCCCGACAGUAGAAAGAAAGGCCGCGGAUCGACCGUAUGCUGCUGUCAGCGUGAGGGGGACAUCGAUGCCGUUUAUUAACUUGUUUCGCUGAAAAGCGUCACUCUUCUCUUAGAGUUUGUGAUUGAAAUGUUAAAUCUCCCCUGCUUGGUCCCUUG